UCGUCGGAGGGCACGGUGGGCCGCGGCCGACCCGCGACGAGGAGCCGGGCGUCUGGGGCGAGCGGGAGGCGGCCGCACCAGCCCUGGCAGCCGCGAGCGGUGCGGCCCGGGACCAGCCGGAGGUCGCCAGCGAACAGCCGCCGGCUCCAUUCAUUCGCGCGGCUCCGCCUCCUUUCCCGUGCCCUUCCAGCGGCUCCCGGGGCGCGUCUGAGAGGAUGGCAUUCCCUGUGGAUAUGCUGGAAAAUUGCAGCCAUGAGGAAUUGGAAAAUUCUGCUGAAGAUUACAUGUCAGAUUUAAGGUGUGGGGACCCUGAAAAUCCAGAGUGUUUUUCUCUUCUCAAUAUUACGAUUCCUAUUAGCCUGUCAAAUGUAGGCUUUGUACCUCUUUACGGUGGAGAUCAGACCCAGAAAAUUCUUGCUCUCUUUGCACCUGAAGAUUCACUGACAGCUGUGGCACUUUACCUUGCUGAUCAGUGGUGGGCUAUUGAUGAUAUUGUGAAAACAUCUGUUCCUUCAAGAGAGGGGCUUAAGCAGGUGAGCACUCUUGGGGAGAGAGUGGUUCUGUAUGUUCUGAAUCGAAUUAUUUAUAGAAAACAGGAAAUGGAGAGAAAUGAGAUCCCAUUCCUGUGUCAUAGCAGUACUGAUUAUGCUAAGAUUCUGUGGAAGAAAGGAGAGGCCAUUGGGUUUUAUUCAGUUAAGCCUACAGGAAGCAUAUGUGCCUCUUUUCUUACCCAAAGUUACCAACUGCCAGUUCUUGAUACAAUGUUUCUAAGAAAGAAAUGCAGAGGUAAAGAUUUUGGGCUUCACAUGCUGGAGGACUUUGUUGAUUCCUUUACAGAAGAUGCACUUGGCUUGCGGUAUCCGCUGUCUUCUCUCAUGUACACAGCUUGCAAGCAAUACUUUGAGAAGUACCCAGGAGACCAUGAACUCCUUUGGGAAGUUGAAGGUGUUGGACACUGGUACCAGCGAAUACCAGUCACCAGAGCAUUACAAAGAGAAGCACUUAAAAUUCCAGCAGUUUCUCAAAAUGAACCUAAAAGACCUAUGUCUGGAGAAUAUGGUCCUGCAUAUGUUCCAGAAUAUGAAGCAAGAACUGAAGACAAUCAGUCUAGUGAGAUGCAGCUAACUAUUGAUUCUCUAAAAGAUGCCUUUGCAAGCACUUCUGAAGGUCAUGAUAAAACAUCAGUUUCCACUCGUACUCGAAGUAGUAAUUUAAAGCGGCCAAAGAUUGGUAAGCGGUUUCAGGAUUCUGAAUUUAGCAGUUCUCAAGGCGAAGAUGAAAAGACCUCCCAGACUUCACCUACAGCUUCAUUAAACAAAUUGGAGUCCACUGCACGCCCAUCAGAGAGCUCAGAAGAAUUCCUGGAAGAAGAACCCGAACAGAGAGGGAUUGAAUUUGAGGAUGAAAGCAGUGAUAAAGAUGCACGGCCAGCACUGGAAACCCCGCCACAGCAAGAGAAGCAAGAUGGUGAAAAGGAAUCUGAAUUAGAGCCUAUGAAUGGUGAGAUAAUGGAUGAUUCUCUUAAGACCUCACUUAUAACAGAAGAGGAAGACUCCACUAGUGAAGUUUUAGAUGAAGAAUUAAAAUUGCAGCCUUUUAAUUCCAGUGAAGACUCUACAAAUCUUGUUCCACUGGUGGUAGAAUCUUCAAAACUCUCUGAGGCAGAUGCAACAGAUAAGACCCCACGUAUACCUGACUCAGAAAUGUUGAUGGAUGAAGGCACAUCUGAUGUAAAGGGGCACAUGGAAGAGAAACUGUCCCUACUUCCAAGAAAGAAAGCACACCUUGGGAGUUCAGAUAAUGUUGCUACUAUGUCACAUGAAGAACGAUCUGAUGGUGGUUUUCCAAACUCUGUGAUAGCCGAAUUUUCUGAAGAACCAGUCUCUGAGAACUUCUCUCCCAAUACUACUUCCUCAUUGGAAGACCAGGGUGAGGAGGGGGUAGCUGAGCCCCAGGAAACAUCUACUGCUCUUCCUCAGAGUUCUUUGAUAGAGGUUGAACUUGAAGAUGUGCCAUUUUCACAGAAUGCAGGACAGAAGAACCAGUCAGAGGAGCAGUCUGAAGCAUCUUCUGAGCAACUGGAUCAGUUUACACAAUCGGCAGAAAAAGCUGUUGAUAGCAGCUCAGAGGAAAUAGAAGUGGAAGUGCCUGUGGUAGACAGGCGGAAUUUAAGAAGAAAGGCCAAAGGGCAUAAAGGACCUGCUAAGAAGAAAGCUAAGCUGACCUGAAGGAAGAAGAAAAGUGGAUGAUAAACCCUCUUCUUUGUAACAUAAUUGUUUUUAAAAUAUGGUAAUUAAUAAACAGCAUGGGGCACAGGA